AUGGAACGGCCGGUUAAGAAGCAACAACAAGUGGCACAAGUAGCACAAGAUGAGAUUAAGGAGGAACACCUUUUGGCUUUCAUUGCAAAGGAGAAAUAUGAAGAUGAACAACAAUGCAAAACAGAACUCGAGAAAUAUUGUAAAGAGUUGAAGGAAGCAGAUGAGAAUUUCAAAGUGAAUGAGAAAGUUAAAGAAAUUUGUGGUAAAAAAGAAGAGGAAAGAUGCACAGGCCUGAAAGCCAAAGUUAAAGAUGAAUUGGGAGAUUUUGAUACGGAUCUUGAAGCAUCGGUAGAUGACAUAAAAGAUGAAGUUUGUGAAAAAUAUGAAGAAAAAUGUAUACUUUUAGAAGAGGCGGGUGAUGAUGAUCUUAAGAAGAACUCUGUCAAGUUGAGGGAAGGAUGCUACAAAUUGAAGCGUGAAAAGGUGGUAGAGGAGCUCCUUUUCAGGACGCUCGGAGGGGAUGCUAAUGAAGUGAAUAAAUGUAAAGGAAAGAUGAAAGAUGUUUGCCCAGUGUUAAGCCGAGAAAGCGACGAGCUGAUGUCUUUGUGUCUUAAUCCGACUAAAACGUGCAAAACUAUGGAAAGUAAAUUAAAGGAUGUUUGCAAGACUUUAAAAAAAGAAUUGGAUCAGAAAAAUUUAGAAAAAGAUUUCCAUAAAAAACUUGAGAAAUGUCAUUUUUACGAACAAGCGUCUACUGAUGCUAAAUGUCAGGACUUUGAGAAGAAAUGCAAGGAAAAAAAUAUUAGAUAUGAAGCGCCGGAAUCUGAUCUUAGUCCAGUGAAGUCGAAGGCAUCGUUCUUGAGAAGUAUUGGGUUGGAUGAUGUCCAUAAAAGCGCAGAAAAAGAUGAUAUUAUUAUUGGAAAAAAAGGAGUGGAUGUACCAAGGAGGCUGGGUACAGAUUUUCUGCAAGAUCUCUUGCUAGCAUUGAGCCAAGAUGAGAAUGUAAAUGAAUCAAGAAUUGAAAGAUGAACUUUUUAUAAUUUUAGUUCGCC